AUGUCCGCCCAGGUGUACCCGCCCCAGACGUACCGCAUGGCACCGGCGCCACCCGCGGGCCAGCCGCAGCGCAAUCGCCAUCCCCUCAACCCCGUCUACAGCAACGCCGGCGCCGGCAGGCAGUACGUAGCGCAGGCUACGCCGCCGAAGCCGCCCAAGGACCCGCCGCUCCCGAGGCAGAACAGCAAGACCCUGCCCCCAUCACCCCCGAAGAUCAUCCUCGACCACUCAGGCGGCCUCCAGUUCCAGCGCAUCGGCUUCCUGGGCGAGGGCGGGUUCGCCCGCGUCUACGAGGUCAAGGACCACCGCGGCGUGCUCUCGGCAUGCAAGGUCGUCACCAAGACCUCGCUCAAGACGAAGAAGGCCAAGACGAAGCUCUAUGCCGAGAUCAAAAUCCACAAGUCCCUCUCCCACCCAAACAUCGUCAAGUUCCAGGAAUGUUUCGAGGACGCCGACAACGUUUACAUGACCCUCGAACUCUGUCACAACGGUUCCCUCAUGGAUAUGCUCCGCCGUCGCAGGCGCUUCACCGAGCCAGAAGCCCGCUACUACAUGGUGCAGCUCAUCGGCGCUUGCCACUACAUGCACACCCACUCAGUCAUCCACCGUGACCUUAAGCUCGGAAACCUCUUCCUCGACGCGAAGAUGAAUAUCAAAGUCGGCGACUUCGGUCUCGCUGCGCUCAUCGAGAGUCCAGGAGAGCGUAAGAAGACUAUCUGUGGCACACCCAAUUAUAUUGCCCCCGAAGUGCUCUUCGACACGGCCAAUGGGCAUAGUUUCGAGGUCGAUACAUGGUCGAUAGGUGUCAUUAUGUACACCCUCGUCAUUGGCAAGCCGCCUUUCCAGACCAAAGACGUCAAGGCCAUCUACAAGCGCAUUCGUGACAACGAUUACGAGUUCCCGGAGGAGAAGCAGGUCUCUGCGGACGCUAAAACCUUGGUCCAACAGAUUCUCAUCAACGACCCGCAACUGCGGCCGACACUACAUGAGAUCGUGGACCACGACUUCUUCACGCAGGGCACUGUUCCCGCGUUCAUCCCACCCACGGCCGCAGACAGUGCGCCAGACUUUAGGUACAUCACCCGCCCAGUGAGCAAGGAAAACCUGAAGCGCCUGCGCCGGCAAUGCUUGCUCGACGAGGACCAGACGACGUCUAUUGCGCUGCCGAAGGGCUCCAGCCAGCAAAGCGCGCCUACACAGAAGACGGUUACGUCCAGCAUCGCCGAGCAGGAGAAGGAGUUCCAGCGCGCCGUGCUGCCCGGAUCGCCCAUCUCGGCGCUUCUCAGCUCCGCGAGGCAGCCCCUGAUGAUGGGCACAGGCUCUGCGGCCCCACGCGAGUCCCCUCUGUUCCGCAAGCUGCAGGCCGCCGCUGCGGCAACAGCAGGCAAGGAGACGCCGCGGAAGGGCCACCUGCGCAACAUCUCCGAGGAGGACGACGCGAACGCGGCGCUCCGGCGCGAGGACGAGCUGCGGCAGAAGGAGCUCGAGUCGCAGAAGGCACGUAUCGUCGCGCAGAUGGCGCCGGAGAGGGUCGAGGUGGAGGAGCGUGAGAACAUCGCGCCUGCGGUGUUCGCGCACAAGGAAAAGGCUUCGGGCGACUUGUAUGGGUCCGGGAUGCCGGCGCGAUCGACGUCCCGGUUGGCCACUGAGCAGACGCGCCCGGCGGGCAACUUGGCGAGGGCGCUUGAUCCUGCGGCAAGGCAGCUGCCAUCUUCGGCGGCGGAUCCUGUGAUGAGGCCGGUGAAGCAGACGGCGGCUAUGAACGGCGCUAGUUCUCGCUCGCGUCCUGGCAUGACGAACAUGCCGCCGCCAGGCCAAUCGAUCCGCCCAACGCACACGGCGACAUCGUCCACAUCGUCGCUGUCUUCUACGACGAAUCAACUAUCGAAGCUCAGCGGCUUCGAUGCGGCGGCGUAUGUGCUCACUCUCGCGUUCGAUGCGCGGAACAAAGGGCGGGUCUUCCGCGACCCACGCCCGGAUCCCCAUCUCCCGGUGCCCGAUGAACAGGUCUUCAUCGUAUCCUGGGUGGACUACUGCAACAAGUACGGGAUGGGCUACGCGCUCACGGACGGAAGUGUGGGGGUGCACUUUAACGAUACGACGACUAUGAUAUUGAGUGCUGACAAGGAGCAUUACGACUACAUCACGACGCGGCACGGGGGACAGUACUACGUGCGCAAGUCGUUCUCAGUGAACGACCCGCCGCAGGACAAGGACAUGAAGGCGAAAGUCUACUUGUUGAAGCACUUUGAGCAGUAUAUUAUGGGUCGGCUCUACGGGGCCUACGACUACACGUACGAGGACGUCGACCGUAAGACGGGCAUGGAGUGGGUGCGGCAGUACCUGCGCAUGAAGCAGGUCAUCGUCUUCAAGCUCAGCCAUGAUGUCAUCCAGUUCAACUUCUACGACCACUCGAAGCUCGUGCUGUCGAGCUCGGGCCUGCUCGUGACGCAGAUCGACAAGAACUACAACAUGCAAAAGUGGACGCUGCGGGAUAUAAUGGCGGCGAGCUUGAGGCCCGGCGCCGAGAGCGACCGCACUACGCAGCGGCUGAUCGAGAAGCUGCGCUACUGCCGUGAGGUGCUCCUGAGCAUCCAGACGGCGGCAGGGCAGGGCGGCGCGGUGGAGCCCGGCGCACUUGGAGCGUUAUGA